GUUUCGACAAGAAACUGAGAAGUGAGAAACUGAGAACUCAGUUCAAGUCUUCUCGAUACCAAGGAAAGUUAGCCGCGAUCUCCUCAAUCGGACCCUCCCCUCCUCUCCGUCUUCACAUUCAUUACAUUAGGUUAAAAAACGGUUAUCUUGUGUGUUGUUCUGGGUCGUCUUCUCGUUCGAUUCCUAUUUUUAUUUUAAAAACCUCUCUCGUACCGAUGUGAAGCUUUAUUUUUGACACUAUCCAGUAGAAGAAAAUUUACAAAAAAUGGAUAGCGGUGAUCUGGUAAAUCAACAACUUCUCCAGCAGUUCAGCUGUUUGGGGACGACCGAUAAAGAGGAAUUAAUUCAACAGUUUCAAGUGUUAGUUGGAAAUAAUCUCAGCCCAUCGACUGCUAAAUUUUAUCUCGACAUGAACAACUGGAACUUACAAGCAGCUGUAGGCUCUUAUUUUGAUUUGUUUGUGAGUUCAACAAAAUUGCCUUCAAUGUCAUUUUUGAAGCAAACGCUGGAGGACGAUUUCACAAAAGUGGCACCAUCAACACAAGUUAGUGAGUUUUGGCAAAUUAUGAACAAUGGUGACGAAUCAUGGCCCCACGGUUGUUACCUUGAGUUCUGUGGUGGUGAUUGUAUGGGCAAUGAAAAAAGAAUCUUUGUUCCUGCUUUGAAACCAAAUGAUUCUACUUCAGUUGUUGUAAACUUUAUUUCUCCAUGUAUGCCAGGCAUUUAUAAAAGUAAAUGGCGAUUGACAACACCAACUGGAACUUAUUUUGGUGACAUAAUUUGGUAUAUUAUGUAUGUGAUGGAAAAUGAAGCAACAGAACUUGCAAAACAGCUGUCUAAUUUGAAUACAUUUGGUGAUGCCAAUACUCCUCAUCGCCCAGAUUCAAGUUGCUUUCCAAACCCUUUCGGUUCGUCACAACCUCGUCAAGCAUUUCAAGACUAAAAAAGAAGCUGUAUUUAUGUAGAUAUACUGAAGGUUUGUCUUCCUGGGAUGUGAAAUUUCACAUUAAAAAAAAAAUAAGAAAUUAUACUGGAAAGCUAAACACUGUAUUUAUAAACCAAGUAAUUCAAGUAAUUUAUAUUUUAAAAAAGUCUCUGGCAGCUCAAUAAUUUUCACAUAUAUUGUCGAAGGUUUAUGUUAUCAAAACAGUUGUAUUAAAGCAUGUUGAAUUGAAAAUAGUAAUUAUGAUGUGUGUAUGUUGGCUUUCUGCAAGUUUUGAAUUUGAUUUGAGAGUAACACACAUGCAAAAUAUUGUGUGGACGAGGUCGAAUAGUCAGUGAGUGAAAAAUGUUUUAUUUAUUUAACCUAGAAAAUCUGUUUCUUAAGGGAUAUACAUAGCUGCAACAGAAUUUGUAUCGAUAAAAUUGAUAAAGUUUAUUGUAGACUGGGCUUUCAUUAUUUAUGUUUAUAUACUUUCAAAUUAAAUUUAACUUACAAGCAAAGAAACCUAACAGAAUUGACAGAUUUAUCACAAAAUGCAAAUACAAUUAUAAAACCAUUAACUAUUACCAUAAUGAAUUAACCUGACAAAAGAAAAAAUAAAUAAAAACCUAACUGAAUGUGAAAUCGACCAAAACCAAUAUCUAAUUAAAUGCUUGUCAAUUCCUUAAUUUGCACUAUGUUUUAAUUGUAAGCUGUUAGCAGUUUACAAUAUUUAAUUUGAAAUAUUGAAGAUAUUACCGAAUUUUAACGUUUAUGAUUAGUAAAGUUUAUUUACUGUUAUUUUCAUGCUCAUAAUUUUAAUUGACCUUUCCUAAUAAAUAAAAAAAUCGAAUAAAUUUAAAAAAUCCCAAUAAUGUUGACAAAUUGGUCUUUAUGAUUUUGGAUUCCUAAAAUUGAAUCUGACCAAAUUAUUAAAUUUUUAUUAAAAUUCUAAACAAGUGCCUUCAUUUACCCAUAUAAAAUCACCUAGUAUGAACGUAUGUAGUCUUGAUUUUUUUAUAUAAUUUUUAAUAAGGUAACAUAAGUCAGUUCAAAUAAUCAUGAUAUAUGAAAAAGGCAUUUCAAAAUCAACUUGAUCACCCAGGUGAUGAAUUACAAUAAGAGAUAUAGAAAUUCCAUAAUAUAUUUUGAGAUUUCAAAAAAUAUUGUUUCAGAAUCUAAUUCAACAAGUCUAAAUCGGCAGCCAAUUGUUAUAAACCUAACUCACUACACAUACAAAUGUACUAUCUUUUUUGUUUGUACCCUCACACUUUUUCCCCAUAAAAAAGGUAUGGUUUAUUUCAUUAACUACUGUGUGUGUAUAACAAUAAUGCAACUAUGCAACUCAACAACACCAUUUGUAGUUUGCUAAUGCAGUAAAUUCUUGUUUUACUUACCGCUUUUGUCUCAAAUGCUCAAUAAACAUAAAUAAAAUAUUCCUGUUUAAGUGAUAAAAAGGAUGAGUGAGUACAACUUCAAGACUGCGUUAGUGUAUGUGCGGAUUGUCAUGUCCCCUGAAUUUCUUGAGAUCUUUAACAUUAUAUAACAAUUACAUCAUUAUAAUAAAAAAAAGAUAUAUUACUGUUUUAUUGUUUGGAAGUGUAAUAGUUCUUUAUUUUUUAGAAUAUAUAUUACUUUUUCUAAAUAGAAAAUAUGGUUAAAAUUGUUCAUAUUGGCAGAUGUUUACCUAUAUUAAUUAAAGGAGGAUGUACAUAGUCAUAAUGUAUUAUACAUUCAAAAUUUUGUGAUACGUCAAUUUAAUAUUCUUCAGUUGGGGAUAUUCAAAAGGUCCAGUCUUUUCCUAUCCGUAUCGUUUAAAUGUAAUAUACACUGAGAAGUUGGAGAAUCAUUUGAGCCAUCUUUCAUACAGCUAGGUAAUAAAUCAAUUCUACAUCACACACGUAAAUUGUCAAACUUACGUAUGAAAAAAAAAAGUUGUGGGCUGAAUUUAAAACAAAACAACAAUAAAUAAUGUCUUUUUUAAAAUACACACUAUUGCAACGUUUUGACUAUAUUUGUUUUAGCCAAAGGUUUUUUUUGUUUGAAACCUCUUGCUGAAAUAGUUGAGGCUACAAAAAACUUUAAAGAUAGUACUUUUGGUUAAAUUUGCCAAAUAGUGCCUUUUGAAUGAAAAUUUUAUGGUGUAGACUAGAUAUGACAAAAUCUCUCCAUUUAGCGUUUUUAUCAUAGCUUGAAAAUGCUUGCACAGUUACAAUGCCAAGCCUAAUCCAAUCUCCAUUUACCAUCCGUAGCUCCUGAAUUUUUAACAAAAUUGUGU